AUGAAUUUGCAACGGAUUGCUAAGGAAAUCGCUGUUAAUUGCUGUGGACUUCCUCUUGUGGUUGUUGUUAUAUCCGUUAUUCUUUCAACUAUGGAGAAGGAAGAGAAUGCGUGGAGGGAAAUAAAGAAAUUUCAUUUCGCAAAGUUGACGAGGCUUUGGAUUGCCCAAGGGUUUAUAGACAAGCAUCAUAAGAAUAAUAGUGCAGAGGAUUUAGCAGAAGAGUAUUUAAUGGAACUAAUAGAUAGAAGCCUAGUCAUUGUUUCCGAAAGACGACCGUACGGUGGAGUCAAAUCUUGCACUGUUCAUGAUCUGCUGUGCGAGUUGUGCUUGAGAAAAGGCGAAGAAGAAAACUUCUUAAGAUUGGUGGUGGAAGAUGACUAUUCAAUAUACGAGAGAGGGCAGCACGUACAAUCGCUCGGAUCUUCGAUAGCUCCAUUUGGCCAACACGUUCGAUCAUUCCACGGGAAGGUUGCGGAGCCGCCGUUCUACGUUGUCAGCAUGACAUCACUUAGGGUUAUGGGUUUCAACUCGUGA